UCAUCCAAUUUCACACAGAAUUGGAUACGGCUACGUCAGAUGAAUUCCGGAGGCUGUGUCGUGAUUUAGUUUUACAACUUGGGUCUUGUGAUGUCAAGUCACGAGCAAAACUCAUUUCCAGCUCGCCACAUGGAUAUUGAAGGAGAAGUACUCAAUGUCCAGCAGAGGGUAGGGGAUCUGGAGUCCUCCCUGCAGGCAGUCCUGCAAGAAAAGAAACUUCAAGAGGAAGACUUCGCUCAAAAGAGAGCAAAGUUCAAAGAGCUAUACUUGACCAGAGAACAGGAAUUGAUCAAAGAGGUGGAUAACAUCAGAGAGGAGAAGGAUAGAUUGAGCGAAGAAUUGGCUGGUCUAAAUACAGCUGCAUCUGUCAUCGAGAGUAGCAAAGAUGAAGAAAUUGCGGAGAUCAAGCAAAAAUGGACUGACGAGGUUGCAUCACUCCAACAAAUUGUUUCUCACACAGCAGCAAUAACUGCUGAGGAGACUGCAAUGACGUACCUUAUGGAACGAGACAAACUCCUGGCACUCAAUGACAAACUCACACAGGAGCUUCAAGAGCUCAGCCAGUAUCCAGCCGGGGAGAAAACGAUGACGUCUUCAGGCAGUGCUGGCCUUCUGACGAGUAUGACAAAAUCAUUCCGCAACUUGACCAGCACCACCACCAGUCCAUCUCCUACCAGGGAGGAAAAGCCUUCUCUACCACCGACCCCAGUCUCCCCAUCAGCACAAGACAAUCUGGAACAGAGUAUGCUUAAGGCACAGAAAGAUUCAGAGAUGCUUCGAGCUGUUGUAGUUCCCCUGGAGCGAGAGAUAGAGAGUCUCAAACAAAAGUUAUCAGAUGUUGGCAGUGACAACAGACGUCUACACGCAAGGCUUAAGAAAGCUACUGGGAGUAAAGACUACAGUGAUGCCGUACCAACGCCUGAUCACUAUGGCUACGAGGUCACCAAGGAUGACAUUGAUAUUCUGAAUGAGAAGAUCAGGGAUUUGAACAAGGUGUUAGAGACGGAGAAAGCCGCCAGGACAGACCUAGAGCUUUACGUGGCUGUGCUUGGUAAACAGAAACAUGUCAUGCAGGAUGAAGGUGAUCAGAUGAGAGAUGAACUCAAAGAUGUGUGCAGUAUUCUAGAGCAAGAGAAACAAGCCCACUCUCAGCUUCAGCAGACUUGGCAGAUGGCCAACGACCAGUUCCUAGAAUCCCAGAGACUCCAGAUGAUGGACAUGAGGAGGAUGGAGAGCGUCCUGACGGAGGAGCAGCAGAGACAGAUUGGCGAGGUCCUGAAGAAGGACCAGGAGCGCGAGGAGCAGGAGAAGAAGGUCAGGGUCCUGCAGGAGAAGCGGGAGAGCCUAGAGAAGAGACAUUCCAAGGAAACUGCUGAGAAUCCAAUUGUUUUGCUACUGUUGGUUAUCUUUCUUGUUUCUGUUUGUUGUUCUGUACCCAUGCAGCAAGAACCUACCCAGCAGGUACCACCCGCACAAACCAACUCGUCUUUGCUGCUGAGCAGAGACGACAUCGAGGACAGCGACGACGCCCUCCUGGUCCCCUCCUCCAUGGACACGCCCAACAGCUCCACCCCCUCCAGGCUCCACCCAUCCAUCAACUUUGUCGGCCCCAACGUCGACCCGGAAGAGCUCUUGCAGUUCGACACCACUGAUUCGUCCGGUGGAGCAAAGACGACGGUGCACGGCAGCAUAUCGGAGAUAGGCGCGCAGAGUGGACACAAUACGUCUGAUAUGCUUGGCACCAGUUAUGAUUCUGUAUCACUAUGUUCGAAUAUCAGUCUGACGGAGGCACAGGAAAGAGCUAUCUCAGGAACCCCUGAAUCAGAGGAGAUGAAGAGUGUUCUAGCCAGUGCUCGGUCCAAGACUGAUCUCUACUCCCUGCUGGCAGGCAAGAGAGUCGUCAGUGAUACGGAAUGGACAAAACUACAGGAAGAGGUUCGGUUUGCUAGAGAGAAGCUAGGCAGACCAUGCGACUUGUGUACCAACUAUGAGCAGCAGCUGCAGAGUCUUCAAACCAAGUAUUCAGAAUCCUUGGAGAGUUCAAGAACCCUUAGACAGCAACUCGAGCAGGAGAUAGACAAUGUAUUGAGAGAGCAGAAGAUUCGUUCAGAGUUGGAGGAGAGCUUAAAGAAUGCUGCAGAAGAUGCACAGAUACAGAUCAAAACACUAACCACCAAGAAUGGAGAGUCAGAGGAACUCUUAUCAAAUCUUAGACUCCAAUAUUCAAAAUCACAAAAUGAGAUACAUUCCCAAAUGCAAAUCCUAAUUGAGUCAAGAGAACAACUUUACCAAGAGGUAAUGAAAUUACAGAAAGAGAACGACAGUCUUAGUGCCAAAAGGUCGUUGCAUCAGUCACUUCAGAGCAGUGAGCCAUUCGACUUGCCAACAUCUCCACAGGAGCUUUCCCAUCUGUGCAUGAAGUAUCGUGACGACAUCAUCACGGUCCGAGUAAAUGCUGACCACACCGAGAGCUCACUGCGAAGCGAGCUUAGCUUUACCAAGGAGCAGCUAUCAUCAGAGCAGCAUCAACGCAUGACCAUGGAAGACACCUACCAGACGGAGCUGGAUGAUUAUAAGGAAGAACUACUCGUAUUCCGGAACUUGAGGGAGGAAUAUGAGAAAGAGAAGAAAGCCAGAGGAGAGGUGGAAGAGACCUUGAAAGAGGUCCAGGAAUCUAAGAAAUCUAUGCAGGCCAAGUCCAAAGAGGUCAUCACCACACUUAGAGAACAGGUGGAAGAAUUGUCAGCCCAUAAGACAAAUAUAGAAGCCGAUUUGCAGGAUAGGAGGAACAAGGUUCAGAACCUCCAGUUAGAGCUAGAAAACUCAGAGGCUGUGCAGAAAGAUUUUGUCAAAUUAUCACAAUCACUACAAGUUCAGCUUGAGAUCAUUAGACAGAAAGACAAUGAGGUCAGAUGGCAGCAUGAAGAUGAUGCUGACAAGUGCAAUAAUUGUAAGACAGCCUUUGGAUCAAGCAAAAAGAAAAAGAACCACUGUAAGCAUUGUGGAAAGUUGUUCUGCGCAGACUGUGUUACCAAGUCUGUUGAGAGUGGGCCGAGGAGGAGAAAGAUGCCCGUCUGUGAUGUCUGCCAUACACUGCUGGUCAACGAGUCAGCACCUUACUUUAGCAAAGAAGCGCCGGACAACACGUAGCAGAGCCAGCCCAGUAGUAGAAAUAGAACCAGUAGAAUUCUUAUUGUAGACAUAGAAUAUACAGUGCGGCCCAGAAAAAACGAAACCGAGAAUUAUUGU